AGGUUGUUUAUUUUUUAUCGUGUGAGGAUUAAGAUAUUGGCUUUUUUCUCCUGGUCGCCGACACUUCCACUACUAGGCCGUCGCAACCAGGAUGCAAUAGAGUACAUACUUUGUGUCAUCUAGAAGAGGACACCCGUUUGAUAUUUCGUAGGGGAAUAGAAGUAAACGAAGAUGGCGGCGUUUUUCUGGUCGUGUAGUUUCUCUGUGGUUCUGGUCACCUUCGCAACGGCCAGCAGCACGAACGUCGUUGCAAUCAAAAACGCCUCGAGAACUACCACCUCAUCUGCUUCACCACCGUCCCAUCUAAUCCAGAAUCUCGCAAGACGGUUUUUCCUAUGGAGAGAAAAAAGUUUGUCACAGUCACUAACUUGCAGGUUUUGCAUUACAAAUUUUCUCAGCAUCACAAACUUUCCUUGUAUUGCAGAAACACUAGGGAAAUCCAAAUCCCUAAUGAAGUUUGGCUGUGAUGCAUUUUUACGCAUGACAAACAAUUUUGUAUUGCAGGAAUGCGCAUGAGUGAUCGUGACGAACUUUUUUUCUUUGAUAUUUCCUGCCUCGUGAUUAUUCCGCCUCAGCGCAGCGGGAGGUGCAGGAGCUUGCUUCCCGAUUGAAAAGCCGGGAACAUAUCAAAAGGAAAAAUCCCCCCUCCCCAUAUUGAAAACGCAGCCUUCUGAAAAUUCGUGAUGCAGAUUUGUGGCUACAAAUCCUGACUGUGUUGCAAGAAGGCAAAGCCAGAGAGUCCGCCGUAUUAUGCAGGCGGUUUGUGAUGCUGUUGGGCCUACAGUGCGGAUAUUUUUCAUGCUAAGCGCCUAGGCCAAAGCCUCGCUUUUCGCACUUAGUAUGGGCCUGCAGUGCUCUCCAGCAAGACAUCUAGGAUUUGCGUACGCAAAUCCAGCAUCAGAAAUUCCGUUUUGAUAUGGGGAGGGGGGACAUUUCCUUUCGAUAAAACAGGAUCGGGAACGACCAGCUGGCGGGGGCGAGGAUGCGGGGUCUACUUCUGCAUCUGCUCCCUUGUUGCUUUCCGUAUCAAGUGCAAAAAUGUCUGGAUCUGGAAGAUGCAAGCUCUGUCAUGCAGCUUUCGCAUGGGCCAGAAGGUCUGGAAUGUGAGCACUAGCAUCACAAGUUUUGAGAAGGCCCUCUAAUGCUGAAUGCGCAUGAGAAAUACCGCCUUCUGGUAACCAGAAGUGAGGACUUUUGCUGGUCCCGCAAUACAGAUUUUUGUGUCGAUCAGAUUUAGCAUGACAAACUCGGACUCUUCCAGACCCAGAUGACAUAUUUGCAUUUGAUAUUCCGGACUUUCCAACAACGACUUGCUGGAACAGCGACUGUAUCCUGUGCAAAAGUAUCGUACUCGUAGUAAUUGCAGUCAUGCAUUACAAAUUUCUUUCUUAAGUUAAAUCCGCAUUACAAAUUUUAUUUCUCAUGCUGAGGAAAUUUGUAUUGCAAUUACUAUAUAUUAUAUUCAUGCGAAAAAAGAGGUAGACAGAGGGUAAACAAGAGGUGGCCGAGAGGUCAAAAAGAGGUCAAAAGAGGUAGAAAAGAGGUCGACAGAGGUGGAGAGGUGGCGCGGGACCCCAUUCGCGAGGGUCGGCGAGAGGGUGCGCGAGUAUAGCCCGCCGAAGCGCUCACCCUAAAGCGCCGCCUAAGUGCCUGAGAGGGUGCAGAGAGGUCAAAAAGAGGGGGCGCGAGAGGUCGACAGAGGUGGAGAGAGGUGGCGCGAAUAAGGUGCGACCUCUCGCGGACCCUCUUGGCCACCUCUCGGCCACCUCUGUUGACCUCUGCCCACGAGUAUAGCCGGAUUAUUAGCGGGGACCCCCAAAAGAGGUCAAAAAGAGGGUCUGCGGGAGGUCUGUGAGAGGGUAAAAGCACACCUAAGCGGGCGCGAAUCCCCAUGGCACUCCCCGUAUUUGGCAUUGCAGGCCAUUCGCGGACUUGUUUUGUUCGGCGCCUUUCCGCGCCACCCCCACGCGCACCCUCUCGCGCCACCCUCUCGCGCACCCCCUCGCGCAAAACCUCUCGCGCAACCCUCUCGCGCAACCCUCUCGCGCCACCCUCCCGCGCCACCCUCUCGCGCUACCCUCUUGCGCUACCCUCUCGCGCCGGGCGGCUUCUGUUCGCCCCCGGUGUUCUUUGCAGCUGCUCCCUGCGCAGAGCGCCCACAGGCGCGGGAAGCGCGCAAGUGGUCCUGCGGGUUGGCGCGGCGCAAACUCCAGUAUGUUUCGUUGUGAAGGACUCCAGUAUCUUUCGCUGUGCACAGGCACGUGGCGUUGUGGUCCGAUCGGCAAACUGUCUUGCCCCGGCCCAACAGCCUUGCGCUCCGGCGGCAGCCGGAGCAUGGCUGGUUUGUACUAGUGCGAUGCUUUUGCAUUUCAUAGACUGGGCGAGGAACUGUUCGUGCGUGCAGGAAUAGACGAUAACUUCGAGCAAGGAGUGUGGGACGCGACCAGAGAUUCCUCUGCUGGUGCUCCUCGUGAUUCUGACGUGUAUGGAUUGUAAAAAUGUCUGGGUCUGGAAGAAUGCAUGUUUGUCAUGCUUGUCCGGCAUGACUCUCAAAUCUGUCAUGCACCUUACCCAAGAGCGCCAUUUUUCUGUCAACAUGCAGAAACGCAGUUUGUCAUGCAGAAUACGCAGCACCUAGAAGCUCAGAAACUUGUCAUGCUGAGCCAGCACUUGCGGCCUCCGCAUGAUACGCCACCCAGCAUCACAAGUUUCCAGACCCAGACAUAUUUGCAUUUGAUAAAGCGACGACCGCACCGACGACGCCGUCCGCCGUGACAUAUGCAAGAAAAAAACUGUGUAAGUGUAAACUUGUGUUGCAGAAGAUGCAACAGAGUUACGCCUGUCAUGCCAGACAGCUAUGAAAUCCUCUUUUCAUGUGUGUUUUCCCUUACAAACCACACAUGACAGGUUUUCUCUGUCAUGUAGAGCAAAUUUGUGAUGCUGUUCCUCAAAGAAAGUUACACUUACACACUUUUUUUCGUGGAUAUGACACAGGCAACCUUCAACCAGGUGGACCUUUCCAAGAAGCAGCAGGAGGGCUCUACUGUAGUACCUUCCAACGAGCAGCCCCCUCUCGUCGACCGACCCUAUUUGACUCCGUUGGAGUGCUAUCAAGUGCAAAUAUCCCUGGAUGUCUGGAAGAGUAAAAACUUGUCAUGCAGAAUUUCUAUGCCCCAUGAGGUCUGAAAUGCAGGAUCUAGCAUGACAGAUUCUACUGCAAGGUCUCUAUCAUGCCUGUCCUGCAUGAGAAACUCCCUCUCAUGGUGGGCAGAUGCGGGCAACUUUUGGUGAUCACGCAAGACAGAUUUUUGUGUGAUCCACAGGACGCAUCACAAGUUCCGCUCUCCCAGAGGACCCAGACGUAUUUGCAUUUGAUAAGUGCCAUCGCGUCGCCAAAGUUCUGCUGAACGCAAUUCAGCCCGCGGGGAUUAUCCUGUGCAAAAGUAUCGUACUCGUAUUGCAAUCAUGCAUUACAAAUCUUUUUCUUAAGGUGAAGCAGCAUUACAAAUUUUAUUUCUCAUGCUGGAAAAAUCUGUAAUGCAUUUCUACGAGUACGAUGCCUUUGCAAUGCAUAGGGAUACUGCGGGUGCUAUCCUGUGUAAAAACGUCCCCACCACACACUUGUAAUGCCAAUCUGCAUGCUGAAAAUAUUUCUCAUGCGGAGCCCCAUGAGAAGCAUUUUCUAGUUGUGUUUCGGAAUCGGUCAUGCUCCAAUCAGCAUGACAUGCUAGAUCUGUGAUGCUGCUUCACUACUAGCUGAUGCUGAACAGGAUUACACUACGAGGCCAAUUGUCAUGCGCAACAGCCAAAGCAAUUUGAUUUGUCUAGCAGAUUUCCCAUGUUGAUUAUGGGGUGGGGACCACGGUUUUCAACAUGAUAGGUGCCGUUGCGGGCUUAUCAGAACAUCGCGGACCCCUUGGUGUUGAAAUUCAUCGCGAAGUGUAUGGGCGGAGUCGUAGAGAACGCGCACCUAGUGCCGGAAACCUGUUGGUCAACCUGCACUCUGGCGGACGUGUUUUUGAAAAGAUACGCCAACCACGACAUCGAAUGGGGUGAUUAUCAAAAGGAAAAAUCCCCUCUCCCCAUAUCGAAAACGAAAUUUGUGAAGCUGUAUUUCAAUACACAAAUCGACUUGUAAUGCUAGAAGGCCAAGCGCCGCAAUUGUGGCCUCGUUUGCAGGCAAUUUGUCAUGCCGUUUCCCGCUUCCGGCUGCCUCCUGUCAUGCUGAGGAUGCAACGCUUUCCCACGCCAACCACAACUACAGUCCGCAUCUUUAUUUCCCUCCUAGCAUGACAAAGCUGAUUUGUGGCCGCAAAUCUGCAUCACAGAUUUCUGUUUUGAUAUGGGGAGGGGGGAUUUUUCCUGACUAUAGUGAUGACGUUGUAAUCCCGCAGAUGUUGGCGCAGCUUCGCGAGCACCUGCGCAGCUGGUCUCACGCCCGGGAAAACGAGAAAAGGUAUGCAUUGCAAAUAUGUCUGGGUCUGGAAACUUGUGAUGCUGAGUUGCGUAGCAUGAGGAGGCCAAAAGUGAUGGCUCAGCAUGACAAGUUUUCGAGCUUCUAGGUGUUGCCUUACUGGUGUAACGGACCCCCAAAAUUACGGAGGUCGAAACUUGCAAUCAAGUUGCCAAAGACUUGCGCGACCCAGCACAUUCGAGGUCGUGACAGCUUCAACAUGAGCUGUUCUGUGACGCACCUUUGACACCGGCCGGCUUUGCAACUAACAACAAGACGCGAAGCUGUGGCACGGUGCAACGCUUUUCGUGCCUUGACGGGCGCAAUAUGAUUGGGCAGAGUCGCUACGUCUUAAGCUUUCUAACGGGCGCGCUCUGAGGGAGCAUUUAGUUUUAUUUUCUUGCUUGGCUCAGUGAGAGGAAAAAGAGGGGCGACCUUUGUUUCACUAUCUUGAAGGCUGUUUCUAAGUUCUCUACUCAACAGAGACUAAAGCGCGUCUGACAUCUAGGCGCCCUACGAAUUCAGGCUGAAUCGUAACGACAAUGCGAAGGAGAACGAUACUACGAUGAAGCUCUGCCAAAAUUAAGUAAACCGACCUUCUUCUUUUUUCACGAAAAACCGACCGGCAGAGCAGACGAACGCGACUGCGCGACUGGUUGCACGACAAGCGCGACGACUACGAGCGCCCGCACUUGUAUCCCGCCCGGGGAGGCGGCGGCGACGCGUCUCAUCGUACCGAAAACUGACGCACAGAGUACUCGACAACCAGGAGAAGACACCAUAUUUAUGCGAAAACCGAAGCAGCAUAUCUUUGCUGAAUGUGGUAAGGAGAAAGACCGAUGCCCCAUGUCAGUGAGCGCCGACCACUCACCGAGCAGGCGCACAAGUGGCUCCACAGGUCCACUCUCCCGACAGCACCGAGCUGGCCAAAGAGCGCGAUAGGAAAAAAGCGAGGCGGCCCCGGCGGGUGUUCACGAAAAACGCCCGUCGGCCGUUUUUGCUUGUCUAGCUUCUUCCUGCUGCGUCAGUCAUGAUUUUAUGCCGUUGCGUGCAUCUCAAGCGUAUAUUUGCGAAAGCGUCUAUGUGCGUAAUUUAGCGUAUAUGUGCGAAAUUCAUUUUCAUUGGCCAAGUUGCGUUUUGGUUUCGAAGUCGGCACAACGUGCGCUGCGAGGCUUCCAUAUUUAUUCACAGAUCGUCAUCCGAGUCGUCUUCGUCUUCAGUAUCAGUGUCCUCCGUCACGUUUUCCAUCUCGGUGACUUCCAACGCAGCUGCCCCCAGCUCCGCGUCGUCCCACCAGCGAGCAAACUCGCAGGUAAAACCGACAUAAACCACAAUGUCGUAUGGUGCCGUCUUCUUCUUUCCAAGCACGGCCCGUAUGUUUUCGAACCGGCUGGUGUUGUCACGGAAGGCUUGGCGCCGCACUGCCUUGAGUAAGUCCCGGAACCGCUUGUCCCACAGCCCCAGGGUCGCAGCUCCGGUAGUGUCGUCUCCGCCGUUUGCGCAGCUGAAUAUGAACUGCAAAAGCAUCGCAAUAGUAUGAAUUGCGUCACAAAUUCAAAUUCAUCCGCCAAGUACAAAAAAGCAAUUUGUCAUACUCCUUCGGGUAGAAAGUUGGGCGUGUCAUGCAUGAUUGCAAUUGCUACUAGUCGAUGCUUUUGCAGUGGACACUGAAAGCUCCCCAACCGUACGCCAUGUUCAACGUGCGUUUUGGUCCGCGCCCGAAAGAAACGCCGCACUCCUUCCUGUAGCCCAGGUUCUUCGGCAGCCUUUCCCCUUCGUCCAAGGCGUGCUCUAUCGAGUUCUGCAGGAUCAAGAAGAGCUUCAUCCCUGAGAAGGGUCCGCAUACUUUCGUGCAGGAAAGGAAGAACUCGUGUCUGCUGACCUGUCUGCGGCGUUUUCCGUCCGUCUUCUGCAGCUUCAAUACGUUGGUCUCCAUUUUCGCAAAGAGGUGGUCCUGCAUAUACUUGACGUACGCCGCGUCCGGGUCCUCGUCCUUUUUACCUUUCUUACCCCCGGCAGGCAUGUAGAAUUGUUCUUUUUUGCGGUAUUUCUGCACGCAUCCGGGUUCAGACAAAAGACGCUUUGCUGAAUGCAGCAUGCGCUCGGGGUCGAUUGCGUCGCCGGCGUCGCUGUGGUGUGACAAAAUAAAUACGUGAGUGAGAGUGGAUGCGGGGCAAGAAGCUGAAAAAACAACCACCGAAACCGAAGGCAAACGGCAUUUGUAUAGUCAGAAGAAGAAAUGUGCGCAGAACAGCUGAUGAGCAUGAUUUUCACGCAUAACAACGAAUAGACUGUACUAGGCUGCGGCAAAUGUGAAAAGUUACUACUUACCUGCCCGCCCCGUCUGCCGCUCCACUCAGAUCCUUUUCAAGAUCAUCCAGGAACUCGUCAGAUGGGCUGCGCGCAAGAACCAGCGCUGUCCUGACGCGCGUGUUCCACUCUUCCCGCGCGGAGCUGCCCUUCGUUCCUUUUACGCAGCGGCUCACGAAGUUCAUUCGUUUCGACCAGGCGGCACCUGGGGGAGUUUAUUUUGGUGAAUUUCCAAACGUAAAGGUAAAGCUGCAACCGGACCCAUAUUCUGCCCCGACCUUGCCUCACUCACAAAGCGCGAGACUGUGCCAAAGGAUUUACCAGCGCUGCUUUUCCUCCUUAUACUGGCCGACGCCGAGAACAGCUUCAAAAAUGCAAACUCUUGGUUUGUGGUAGUGGCCCCACAAAGGAAAGCACUGCACUAAUUUCGAACGCAAGCAAACGACAAAAAAGGAGAUCACCACACUCACCUUUGGCCUCUUGCUUCGCUUUUUUCCUGAGCCAUGUUCGCGCGAUUUGGAACUUGCACUCCAUUACCCCCUUCGUUAUCAUCUCGGACCGGGGUGGGGGAGAACCCUUCCGCCUGUGAAAGGGGUUUGCGUACCUAAUCACGGUGACAGAAACGCUCUGAUCUGCCGGGGCCGGUUUGUUUGCCACUGUCUCGCCACCAAGUUCGCGAAAAAACCGGCACAUUUCUUCGAGCCAGAACAGAAAAACGAUCAUGAACUGGGCUCUGUCUGCGGGCGCCCAGUUUUUUCCGUUCCCCGGCAUCGGUAGCAGGUGGGGGGCCGCGCGCUGAUUUUGAGAGAAGCCGCUGUGAACGGAGGACGUUGGUGCAACACUGCUGCGUCUACUCGCGCUAAUUAUUGGAAGGCGAAGGUGGUUUUAUUUCUUCGCGCAGAGACAGUCGCACGCACACCCUCGGAGACGAAGGCAGGCCCAUUUGGCCAGGGUUAACGGGCGAGCAUGCGAAGCAACAUCUUGGAUGAUUGGCAACGUUUUUUAAUUUGGCCGCUUCUACCUUGGACGAAUGGCCUCGGUGUGAUCGUUUCUUUCUAUCCUUGAAGGAACUAGAUCCGACUGGCGUUCAAUUAUGGGUCUACUGCUGGAAAAAUCGCUUGCGUCCAUUCUAUCUAAUACUGGCCACACACACUCCCGAGCUACGUACGCGCAAAACCUGGGGAGCCAAGCAGCGAUCUCUUUGCGGCCUUGCUUUCGAUUUUCUUGCGUUGGUCCUCGCUUUCGUGCGUCUGCUGAUGCUUGUCACGUUCAUACAUAGCAGCCACCUGCCUGUCCAACGCUGAACAGAGAAAACAACGGCGGCAACCUUCGCAACGAACUGGAAGGGAGAACAACCUCUGCAGCCCUCUUCUGACUUUUUAAACAUUCAAAUGCAACCGCGCAAGGCGCGCGCCACCAGGGCCCAGCUUAAGAGGCGCGGAAGCCGCUCCGGCGUUGCUAGGCGGGGCUCCUGGGUGCGUGCCCGCCGGGGCGGGCGGCCACCACCGCGAGCCCAGAUAGGCGCCGCCCCGCCAACGGCCAGAGCAAAAAAAUGUUGGCGGCGGGCGGCGCGGGGCCGCGGCGGGGGGGGCCGAUAACAUGCACCACCGGCCGCCUGGGGCCAGCGCCACAACGCGCGGCCGGGCACGCCCCCUUGGCCUGUGUGCCAAACUGCUAGCGGUGCCGGGGCACAAGCCAACUGCACACGAAUGACGCGCGGACGGGUGAAGCGACACACCGGAAGGGCCGGGCCGGGGUCGCGCGCGAAGGCAGGCUGCGCAACGGGCGCAGGGAGGCCGGGGAACUAGGCGGCGGCGCCACCCGCGCCGCCAGUCUGCCCCUCGCCCUGGGCUGCGCCCGUGUUCAAGAAGGGCCUUGGGGCUAUUCCGGCCCCUGCGCUCGCUGCCGGAAAGCAAUGUGGAUGGAUGCGCGGGGCGCCCCGGCGCUGCUCCGCACCAAAUAAAGCGCGCUGCGGCUUUUCCGGCAAAAAAGCCGGGCCCGCGGCGCCAUCGAUAAAAAAACGGGGGGCGAGCCAUGCUGCGCCCGCUCCUGAGCCCACCAUCAAGAGCAAGCGGGCGGCCUACCCUGCGCGCCUGUCCUCUAAAAUAGCCGGUGAGGCGGGGAGCAGGGCGGGCCGCUUCCUACCUUGACAGGCACACCUGCGCGCCGAAUCGAAAAAAGAAAGGUCGCGACAAACUGCCACGAAAAUCCAGCCGGCAUCCCCCAACCUGCGGCGGGGCCCACCGAGGCUGGGCGGCGCUGGGAAGAAACGAGGGGGGGCACACGGCGGCGGGGCCCAGGCCUCUAAAAUUGCAUGGCGUGCGGGGGGUCGGCAGUUUGUUUGGCGAAGGAAAGGGGGGCAACAUAGGCGAGCCAAGGAGGGCACGGAAACAGGAGAGCGCCGCCGGGCAAGACUGCGCGGCACACUGAGGAAAGGGUCCUGCGGGGCGCCUUUUUCUGUCCAGACCGCAGCACCGCUUCCGCUGGUUGUGGCAAUUACAACGGCGCACGAAAUUACGGCAGCAGGCGCUUUGAAAAGAAAAAAAGACUAGCGCGCCCGGUAAAGAAAAAAGGCGCGCCUAUCUACCUUUGCCCCAAAGCUUCGUGCCGGCGCCUGGCUAGACCAAAAAUGCCGCCGGCGCCGGCUGGAUCGCCUGAACUUUUCGGCAAGCCUCUUCCGCGCGCGAGCUGCGGCGCGAACUCCACAUGAGCGCGGACACCGAAAUAACGGGUCAGGGGAAUUCCCGCGCUGGGUGCAUCGAGCAACACUUUCGUCCGAUGUUCGAAACAGAUGAUGAUGAACUUCGCAAACAGCUACUUACAACAUGCCAUCAGAUGAAGGAUCAUACUUUUCACGUGCGGGCCUUAGCGUAGGAACCCUGAAGCCGGCGGCCUGCUGGGGCAGGCCUGACACACACACCAGCCACGUUUUUUUCUUUAUCUUUACUUCUACCUACUACUACUUCAGCACUCUGGUGAGCUAUGUAUUGCUAGCCUGGACUUGCUUGCUUGCUUGCUGAAGUCCGCGACAAUGGUACGCAGCACGCCGGGCCGCGCAACGCUUUUACGCGCCGCGACCUACUCGAGGCCACGACGCAACGCUGCGGCCACAACACUGUCCACCUGCCUCGCGUCUAUCUCUAACUAUACUCGAAGUUGACGUUGACGAAAGCAUAAUACUAUCGGCACCUGUCGCGCGAUUUGCUCACGUGCGUCGAUAGCCAUGGAGCUCACUGGGGAAGGAGUUCAUGCUUUGGGGCUAUACAUAGCGUUCUUUUUAAGGUAUGCAAUACUGUUUGGAGCCAACGAGAAACUUGCGACUCGGUCGGUCUUCUAUUUUUUUGGUGCCAUUGAUUGAACUAGAACUUGAGGAAAGGAGAAUAAUGUAGCUAGAGACUUGGAACGAAACGAGGACGGAAAGGCGCGAACCUCCGCGACCUCGUGCGACAUCCCUUUUUACUGCUGGACACAAUCGCUGUCCUUGCAGGGCUGGAGCUUCUUUUCGCUGCGCUCGGGCUCUGGUUCAUCGCUGUUCUUGCCACUGCAGUUCCGCGAAUACGGGCCAAAGCGGAAGGGGGCGUCGGCCAAACCCAAGCUCGCAUGCUGCUUGCGCCCACGGUCGGCCAAACCCAAGCCGCGUCGGUUAUUUCCACCGGGUCCAGAGCGUGGUAGACUGGGCGGACCGCUGGCACUGCUACUGCUUGUUCCGCCACCGCCAGAGGACGUUCCGGAGUUACCACCACUUGCUGGGCCGCUACCACCACCACCACCACCUCCGCCGCUGCCACUUCCCCCACCAUGUCCUCCUCCUCCUCCUGGUGCUCCGGGGCCGCCGCCACCACCUCCGGCGGCGCGCUCCCGGGCGGCCUGCGCAACCAGGUUGUCGAUGCUACCUGCUAAGUUUUCGACGUUGAAGAAAUGCUCAACAGCAUGGCCCUGGUUCUGUUGCGGGACAAAAUAACAGCACUUCUAGCGAGGUUGAAAGCAGCUUUGCGAUUCGAGUGAGAAAAGGGGCCAAGAUGCAUGACAAAAGGAGCAAACAUAGUAGGACAAUACCACUCAGCUUGAACGCGCCAUCCGUCAAACCCAUCAGCUCCAGGUGCUGCCCUAACACAGCGCCAACCUGUAGAAUUUUCAUUCUUCACGAUCGUCACGAUUGUCAAACGGAAUCAAUGCCAACAACGCAUGCUGAAGAACUGACGGUAAUAGAAAUAGUUUCGGAAACGCGACAUAUUUUCGAGAAGUUCGAAAGCGCAAAGCACGAAUAAUUCUAGUACGUAGUCGCGAAAAAAUGGCAAUAAUUUCGAGAGUAGAUGCGGCGCUAUAUUUAACGCCAAGUGCGUAGACAUAAUACUUUUCUGCAAAGGGAAUAAAUAGUACUAAGCCGAUGCUGUUGCGCUCUGCCUGGCGGCUGUUCCGCUGCAGUCUGCCAACCUGGUCCUUCAGGCGAGCCAACUGCUCCUCGGCCGAGCGCUGCUGUGGCAUUUUCACUGUUCGUUCUUUAGCCUUAGUUUUUACGCCCUAGUAGAGAAAACCAGCGCCGUCAGUGUGCGCUUGAUUGUUGUGCUUUCCAACCUCUCUCGCUGGCUCGCAGGGUUGGGUGGCCGUUCGAAACGCUUCUAGUGCUAGCACCCACGUACCCAAAAACGAAUCAGAAGUGGGUCUCUCGGUGGCUGACCUUUCUCAAACAAGAAUAGUAACAAUGUGCCGCCUGGAACGAAGAAAACAACAACAACGUGCUGCCUGAGCCUUCGUCGAAACGCCGAACCAAAGAACACGACCACCAACGGGGCCGGGGGGCAAACACAAUACCCACACACAGGCACUGCGGGCCUCUUCACUUCAAGGCGGGCGCCUGGACGAGCGCGCGAGCUCGGCUUUGACUUCAAGUAGCUGCUUUUCGUGCGUCACUCUUUAACUUCUAAACGUUUGCUUCGGUUCUUCUUCUUUUCGGGCAGCAAACAAAUGCGUUUUGAUUUUGCAGCGGCGUUCCUCUUUUUACAAAUGAACGCCAGCUCUGGGUCCGGGGUAGUGACAGAGAGACAUCGACUUUUACGCGAACCAAUGGAACAAGAAGUGCCCAGCUACGAUAAGUAGACGCAAACACGCUGGCUUUACUGCUUGUGCUUCACCUGCAGGAACUUCUCUUCACUUAUUAAAAGCACUGUACGGGUAAACUUCUACUUUCAACAGAACUAGAAUUAAACUCUGCUGUCACUUACAAACGUCCGUGCUCGUUUCACUAUGCUAAGAACCAAAGACCGGGAAUUCGUGCUGAAACUAAUACAAAGAACGCGCACACUGUUGGGGUGUGUCCGUAGAGGUUGAAGACAGGUUUCGGGUUAAGAUUACGUGCUAAAAAGACAUACAAACUCCGCGGCGACUGCUUGCUAGUUCGAGAAGUGUAGCGCAAGAAGUGAUGAGAAAGAUCAUAGUCGGGAAAGCUACGUGCUCGCCCACAAUCGUCCAUGUUGCAGAUAAAGGCACGGAGGCCCGAAUUUGCACCAGCGACGAGCUUUAUACCAUUUUGAUUUUCUAUCUAACUUUCCACGCCGCCAGCUUUGCAAGCUACUGGAAAUCCAGUUUCAUUUUUUGGAAGCGACGAUGCUGAUCCUAUUGGUGGAGAAGAAGUUGAAGCGUUUCGAUUUUCCUGGAGUGCUGCGGUUUGAUCGCGGUAGUUACUGCGAAGACCGACUCCGUACCCAACUAGAGUUAACCCGCUUUGGGCUUUUUCGCGGCGUUGCCACCCGCAGCGGACCCCGUGUUGUUUCUGCGGUUGCUGGAGGAAGUGUUGUUCACGCGGCUGCUGGAAGCGGUGUUGUUCACGCGGCUGCUGGAAGAGCUGCUGGAAGCGCCCUGACCGAAGUUGACCCCCGAGGCGGUGGAAGCACUGGAGCUACUGUUUCCGCCCGCACGCACCUGAUGUUCUUCUUUGGUAUUCAUUGAGCAAAGCAUAAAGUUGGUGGCCCGCCUACACAAAGCCCAGCCGGUAUUCUUGCGGCGGGCUUUCGUAAAUGAGUGAUGAAAUUGCGCGCAGUCGGUCAGCAAGCUCUCUAUUGCAAACGGAUCUUUUUGAGGGUGCCCCAUUACAGUCAGCGCCGCCAUGCAAAGCAAACUCCGAUCAUAUUUAAAUAAUACCUUUUCGCCGGGCCCGCUUCCGACCAAAGUGGUGCGGAGGUCUACCGGAGCCGAAAUCGUGGGUCGGGACACUGGCGGACCGGUGCGGAUGUUGGCACCGGAGGCAUUGGGGGCGUUACCUGUGUUUUAUUUUGAAGAACGUUUGUAGUUGGCGUCACUGCUACUGAGCGAAUCGAUCUACUGAAAGCAUCGACCCACGCAAGACGUGGUGGCUAGCACGGACGGAGCAUUCAAAUAAUGGAACGGAAGAUCGAGACGAUCACGAACAAAAGCACCUCCCACAGCGGGCCCACCUUUUCCAUUGCCCUUCCCGAAGGACAGGGGCUCGUCGCCGACAAUGCCGCGGACGGAGACCGCGGACGCCUUCGGCUCCGCCCGGAGCGUUUCCCGCUUUGGCUUUUGCAUGACCACGUGGAUCAAGUCGCCCAGCGGCUUGGUGUGCACGAUGUGGUAGCUGCUGAGCAUCGCGGAGGCGUCGACCAAUGCCUGCGCCGGCUCCAUAUAUUCGCAGGCAUCGACGCGCUGCUCGACGGCAGUAAGCUCCUGCGCGCAGUUUCGGUCCCAGUACGCUUUCAAAAAUUUCACCUGAGUAUAGUGCGCCGGAAAUCGUCAUGCUGCUGCACAUGGAUGCCCUUCCCAAGAAUGGGGCCCACGUCAUCAGCAAAUCAGCAAAAAAGUAGAAGCACUAGUAUCAGCAAAAAAAGUAGUAGAACGCAAUUUAUCGGAAAAGCAAAAAUCUUAGCACCAUCGUAGUUUCCUUCAAUCCAGUCACUCGGUUCUUCACCUUCAUUUCAAAGUCUUCCGCUGUCACCGCGUCAUUGAAUUUCGCCGAGUUGAACUUGAGGAUUUCCAGACGCACUAAGUGCGGCAGCAAGUCACGCUUGUCGUGGGAGUACGCCUGCUCCACCAAGAGGGCGCUUGCGCUCAAAAUCUCCAGCGACUGGGUGACACAAAAAUAAUUUUGAUGGGCGGAAACGAAGGCCUUCGUUCGAAAAAUCCGCGAACCGUCGGCCACUGUUCGGAGGAAUUCCAGGUGGUCACCGAGCCUGUUGAUAUAGUAAACAGGGGUCAACAGCUGGAAGUCAGUGGGCGGAUAAGUUGCAAACAGGAGGAAUAGUAAAGGAAUCAACAAGAGCGUGCAUAAUAUAAACGGGAACUGGAAAAAACCAAACUAAAAAGAAGCUCGCAUUAUAUACGCCUCAACAGCAGCCCGGUCCUGCUCUUUGGCGUCCACCAGGGCGGUGGAAAGUUUCCCUAUGCAGGCGGCGACCUUGUCCACUAGCAAAAGAUAAUCCUCCUCGGCUAUCUGGAUCAGCUUUUUCAGGUAUUGCACGUUCGAAGACGCGUACUUGCUUUGGGCCUCCAGGAUGCCCACGGAGAGCAUGAACGCGGUGGACGAGAUAGCGUUGGCACUGCAUUCCCGGUCCUGUUUCAAUUCAACAUGAAAACGCUUCAGAGUGCUUCUCACCUAACAAAACCCACAAUCGCGACAAUCUACACAAAUGGCAGCUACUGAACCGCGCAGAACUAUCGAUUUUCGACCACGAACAAAAAGUAAAACAACCCAAGGAACUAUCUCACCGAGAGCGGCACCAGCGUCGUCUUGAUGGUCUCUAAACCGCGGCGGGAAACGAGCGCCCCUUCUCCGGUCUGGAUGGCUUCCGGAAGGUCCGCGCGCAGGUUUGCAAACAAGCUGUUGUACUGGUUCGGCUCGCUGUUGCGAAAGAACCGCCCGAGCGCGUCCGUUGCUUCCAAAGACCCGAACAACCUCCAUUUGAUUUCCGGCGGCGCGGCGAGCACCUCGUUUGCAGCCACCGCCCUCCAGCGUGCCGCCACAUCCGUGACCGUUCUCUCGUAGUCGAGGAUAUUCUGCUCCGACUCCAGGUGCUGGUUUGUGUUUCGGAACAAAUAUAAAAAUCGAACUCAAAGAAACGGCUGGGCAGUGUGGCCCGGAAUGAAAUGCAAACUUGUUCGAGCAAAGAUGUAUUCUGGAAUAGAAUCACAACUGCGCGCGUGUUUGAUUGUAAACUUACCGGUCUGAGCGCGAAGUACGCCGUCCACACGUCGUUCGUGGCGACCGGUGGUUCUUUCUCGUCAUCCGGCUCGUACUUCAUGCGGAACGCAUCGGUGAACAUGUGUUUCUUCAACUCCUCCGCGGAGCGGCCCAGCACACAGAUUUCAAAGCGCAACCAGCGCAGCACCGGGGAUAGCAUCACGUAGUCCCAAGAAUUCUGCAACCUGAUGUACAAAAAUUCGCGGGAUAUCACGGCAGCAAUCUAGUGUCAGGCCGUGGCCACUGAGAGAUGUGUCGUUGCUACAGCAUCCGGAUGGGACGCACCUACACAAGAGAUCAAAAAAACCGGACGCACCUACACAAGAGAUCAACAAGACCUGUCUCCAAACACAAAAAAAGUACCACUCCUUCCAUGCAUCCAAGUCGAGAUUCUUCAAAUGCCCGAGAGCGACGUCGAACAAGAUGUUCCCCAGCACCUUGACGAAUGCAGUGCGAAAACUAUUUAAAAACGAGGGCAGCCACAGAAGCACAAGUAGAGCACGAGCCGCAAAAAUACACAGCUGCAGGCACGCAGAACAAGAUCCCGCGCCGUGCAGUUCCUUGCGUAAUGAACUUAGAGUCUAUUAGGCUGCAUGCAAACGGCUGAAAGGAGAAUCAACUGCCCCCGCCCCUACCUAUUUCCAAACGAGUGAUAACAUGGCCGCGGGGAAUUCGAUCGGAAAAAACUUGUGCAUGUUGAUUCUGUCCUGGACGGGAAUCCCAUUCUGUUCCUCCACCGUUGGCAGCUGGCCGACGAACCACGCGUAGAAUUCGUUCUGCUGGUAGUCGGCACCCGGCAGCGGCACGGUGAUGAGCUUAUUCUUCACUUCGUUGUACACGCCCUCGAUAUCCUUCCAAACGUCCGUUUUGAAAGGGGGCACGGCCCGCUCAAUCAAGGCCCGGGCCCGUUCCUGUACGUGGUUUUUGUUGUUCAAGGGGAUAGCCUAAAACUAUUCCGCGUGGGUGGCCCCUGCGUCAAGGUUUAGAAGAAAUCAAACGCGCGGAACCAUGAUUCAAGGCGGAAGACCACGCAGAACGCCACGGGCUGUUUGCCAAACCUGUUACGGAGUGCUAGCGCGCUCCCGCGGCCGAUCUGCAUCCCAGCAAACAAAGAAGUGGCGGGCGGGCGGGGCUGAGGCUGUCGGCGCAGACAACAAAAUGAAAAAUAUAAAGCCGUGCUGCCUGCCGCCAGAAGCAGAUAGGCCAGGCCGCGACCCCAUCAUGCCUGGUUGGUGUUAUCGGGAUCGGCCUGCAAGCGCGGAACCCCCACCGCCUUCGCCCAAUCCAUGCCCCCGCAAAGGCCGAGUCAAUGCCCCCACCCGCCUAACAUGGCUCCGCCCCUCGGGUGCCCAAAGUGCGGCGGCCUUGCGAAGACCUAAGAAAACCGGCGGGGGGGACAGAGGCUUGCUAGCUUCGUCCGUGCGGGGGCGCCGCGCGCCAAUGCGCCAACACAGCAGCCCCCCGCGGCUCUGGCCCCACCGUAUGCUAAACGUCCGCCAGCCCGGGCGACAAGGCGGGCAGACGCGUCCCACGAAGCGCGGGCGCAAUUCCGCGGGCGCAGUUUGCACACAUUGCGCCGGCCCCGGCCAAGGCGGGCGGGCGCAACAGGGAGCCGGCCAACAUUCACAAAACAGAAUCACGCGGGCCGCCGAGCGAAACAUCCUUCCGGCUGGGGGCGCGCGGCCGAGGAAGCGGGCCGCGGCCCACCGGCUCGCUGUGCAAACCUGAACGCGCGUCGCAACACGUGGCCCCUGCCGGGCCACUGGCCCUCCGUACUGUGGUCGGACGGGUCUUCUUCGUGUUGUUUUUCAAGUUUCAUACUAUUCCGUUUGAAAUCAGAACACGGUCUGAAUUUGGACAAUUGACCGUUCCAACCAAAGCGGCCUCCUCAUCAGAUUUAGACCGGGCGCCGAUUAUUUUGAAAGAGUGCGCCCUCUGCCGGUCGCUUGCGAUUGUAUGCGCCAAAAAAACAAGCCAGGCGCCCCUGAUCAGCUGCCACGAAGCCGGCCCCGCGCGGUCGGAGCCGACAAAGCCACCGGAACCGGUCGGUGAGAAAACCCGGCGGCGGGCCCCACGGAGCGAGAGCGCGCGCCCAGCCAGGCGGCGAAGCCUUCCACCGGUGGCAACGCUGCUCACGGAAGGACUGAGGCGCGUGCGAGGCGUUUCGCCGGCCGGCAAGGCGGGCGCGGCCCUUGUAAGAAUACCGCGACCGCACCCGCUUGCGCAGAUCGAUUGCGCUCCUGGGUGCCUGACGCAGCCGACGGGGCCCGUCGACUUCACUCAGAAUCCAGCCAUCCUGCAAACGACGCCGUGGCGCGUGCUGGCCCGGGGCGAUCACAACACGCCACCCCCUCCCGCUCUCGCCGCUCAGGCCAACAAAAUUUCGUCCCUGCGCAAAUGCGCGAACGGAGGCUGCACUGUUUUCGCCGCUCCCCUGCCCGAAACCGAAACUGCGCCUGCUGGCCUACUAAAUAGGGCCGCAGAGGCAAACUCUCAAGGAGAUCACGCCGACCCUGCGGGGCCGGGCUGAGCCUGCCAGCCAUACAACCGGGGCGGCCGAAAUUCCGCCGCGCACCUUUCCCGCCCAGCCGGGCCGCGGCGCCAGGUUGGCCCGCACAGGCUGCAAAGCGCGGCCGCGCGCAUGCUUUCGGGCUGCGGUAGCAGCAGCAGGCCGCCGCCUGCAUCUGUCAGCUAGUUCCGCCCCCAGGCGCUGCCUUUUCCGAUCUCGAACGCGCUUUGCAUUCUGAACGCGCCUGCUCCCGCGAGCGCAGCCGCGGAACAAGUCCGCGACAAAGCCUUUGCAUUUCCUACCUGAACACACAGCCACUCAUUCACGUAGAUGCCCUUCAACAAAAACGCCAGGUUGUCGUGAUUAUUUAAACCACGCCACAAGGAAUCGAUCUGGUGCGGCUUGCAUAUGGCGGCGGUUUGGGCUGGAGUAUUUUUUUUUUCUGAUUGCCAUGGAGAUCGCAGAAAACGUCUAUUUUGCUCAUUGUCAUGCACAUCAAAGUGCGCGGCAUGAUCGUCAUGCAGAUCCAGCAGUGCUAUUGCUCGUGGUCUGACUGGCAGAAAAGUAUUGCUCUCCUUUGCGCGGCUGCUUCGCCGGCAUGUGGGGAGAACUUACCGUGCUGGUAUUUGCAAAAGCGGCGGACAUCGAUGGCCUCUUGCGACUCACCAUCGGUUCGCCGCGCUGUUUCCACCAGUUGCUUUUCGCUUAAACCCUGGCUGUGCCACUGCUUGAAGACCACUUUGCAGCGCUGGUAGUUGGCGCACUCCGGGUCCGGCGUCGAGGGUCCCACAGUCGCGAGGGCUGGAGUGAGAAUGAAUUUUCAAUAGCAGACGCGGAGAAGUUUGGUAUACACAGAGACCCAGGAGCGCUCAUUUCUGUCACAAGCAAACGUCACGCAGACGACUUUGCAGCACGUAAUUACGUUACCUCGGCUCACCGGCGGUGGCGUCGCCGGCUGAAAACCCGCGUCCGGAACGCACCGCGAAAGGUCUCGCGCUUUGGCCUUCGCCUUAGCUCCCUUGGGCUUAGCUUGACCGAAUUCGGGGUUGAGCUUGGCCUGGACUGCCUUCCACGACAGCCCACCGCCCGUUGAACUCAUAUUGCAGGUGUCUGUUUGAGCUCAAAGAAGAAAGGAGCUACAGCGUGGCUAUUAAAUAGUGUGGCGCGACGUGUAUUGCAGCCGGGCGAUGAAUGUGAAGCAGUUUUUCGCUCCUUAUCGUUAGUGCUACUAAGCUGCACGAAUACAAGUGGAAAGCUGCCAGAUGGAAAUCGUUUCACCACGCUGGAGAAGCCUUUAGCCAUCUACCUUCACCGAGCGGACACGAAGAAAAAACGGAAAAAAAGAUACUCAGUCGUUCGUUCUUCUAGAAAUGGAAUUCACGACGUCCGGCAUUCUGAUGCGCGUCCGCGCGACUGCAGCGGCAGACAUCAGCUUCGUGAAAAAAAAACCGCGACGCCACUAUUCAGCCAACACAGUGCUGAAAACGCCGACACCACUAACACAGGCCGGGAGGUAGGAAAUUAACAACAGAUAUCGCGUUCUGGACCAUUGCUUUGCAUCUUUCAGACCAGUGCAACCACGAAAGAGAACACCCGACGCACCUCGGCUUGAAAAAUGUCUGCGCGCGCUGGUACUAUGGCAGGCCCCGCCAACUAUGCUAACAGCUAGGGGUGAAUAGCGGUGCCGCGGCCCGUGGCUCUUCUUGCCUACAGAAAAGCCCCUCGACGGCAACCUAGCGCGGGCACCGCAUACGAUUGCUUUCAAGAAUUGAGACCAGCCCCACGCGACAGGGCGAGCGGCUGGCCUGAUUUCACUUUCGUCCAGGUAGUAAAGGUUGGACGCCGGGAUCGCGCUUGUGCGACAAAAAAAACUACUCAAAAUGAGCCGGCCUUCCCGGAAAUACGGGGGCAGGACACUGGUGGCCGGCGACGCACAUGCGCCGUCGUGCGCCACCCAGGGACGGGACUACCACAAACACGCUGGCGAGCUGCCAGUUGGCAGCUCGCCGGCUGCCUGGGCUCCUACCACGGCCCCGAGAGGCCCUGCGCCACCGUGAAAGUUGGCCAAGAGGCGCGAGACAUGCGAGGGCCAAGCGAGGGCGCUACGGCUUGCCGGGCUACGUACCUAAAUGAAUCUGGCUGCUCGGUCGGCUGCAGGGUUUUUCCCUCCCGCCGGCAGCAGGGCGGGCGCCGGCUCAUGCUCCUGCGCUUUUCCCCAUCCCCCGUCCCGGCGAAACGGGUCCCCGCCCAAUACAGAAACCCUGGGUGGCCCAGCCGGGCCAAGGGUGCUAACCGGGGCUGCAAAAGCGGGGCCGGCGCCACGGGGGCGCGGCGACCCUCUGCUCCACCCCGGCCGGGGAAAGCGUUCCGGGCCGGCGGGUGGCGUGGCCAAGGGGUCGGCCUGUUCGUGCGUUGCAUUUUUUCCCCGCCCUGCCCCCGUGCAUCGUCCACACACUCGGCCACCGAGGUUCCGUCCGGCUGCUGCCUGCCAAUGCAUAGUGCGGCGGCCCGGCCGCGGGGGCAUCGACGGGUCGGCGCGGGAUAAGACCAUGCGGGCUUCCCGCCAAUGAAUGGGCCGACGCAACAAGCCCACGGAAAACUGGCCCCCAUCAUCCCACGAGCCGACCCAACAUGGAGGGCCGCCCGGCGGCACCUCUGCGGCCGAGCCUGGGCACAUCGUGAGGCGCGGCCCCCCCGCUUCCGCGGGUGCUGGUCGCACGCAUUGCGCCAGCCCCACACCGAACCGGCGCCGAAGAGCGCUGGCCAAGCAACACAAGCCACACUCACAAAACGAGAUGCCCCGCCGCGGACUGCCAAACGGCGCACCCGGCUGGCCGCGCGCGGCCGACCGAAGAACCGGGCCCCGCCUGGCGCGCGGAGUGGGCCGCGGGCGGCACCGCGCCGCGGCGCAACACGUGGGUCCGGCCUGGGCACUGAUCUGCCUACUGUGGGCGGCGAGGUGUGUUCUUUGUUACUAAAAAUCGAAAACCUGUUGUUGAAAAAUCGAAACACGCUCUAAAUCCGGACAAUUGACCUGUACAAUCGUAAAGGCCAAUUGUCCGGAUUCAGGUCGUGUUUUGAUUUCAAAAGCCCAACGAUGAAGAAAACAAUUGCGCGCACGGGCAAGCUUGUUCGGCAGUAUUACAUCCAUGCACCACCGAGGCACGGGCAAGAAGGCCGAAAAGGACGCCGGGCCCGGUGAUGCGCCAAAAAGCUCGAAGGGCCGCCCCUCCGGAGCGAGGGCGCGCGCCAAGGCGGCCGGCGAACUCUUCCGCCGGCGAUGGCGACGCAACACUACUGGGGCGCGCCGCGCUAGAGCUGGCGCGUAAAGCCGUGCUCCGUCCCACGGAGCGGCCCGGCGCCUCUUGUUGCUGGAAUAGCCCGGCGGCGCACCCGCCUGCGCAGCUUGGCGGCGCCCAUAGCUUCGGCGGGGGCCCGCGCGCGCGGCCCCGGAGCAGCAGGAGCUGCCGGCACAAAUCAAGAACGCCGCGCGCCGCCGGGGCGAGCGCCGCGCCGCGGCCGCCGGCGGGCGGCACUAUCUUCGGGCGCGGCGUGCUCCAGCAAACAGCCGGGCGGCCAGGCGGGAAGCUCGGUCGACCAUACCAUGGGCGCUGGGGCGUGAUACUUUUUAGCAGGGCGGGAACGCGGGCGAAAGUUUUCGCUUUCGCCAUCGUGGCAACCUGCGUUCGCCAUGCAAGCGGCGCUAGGGUGUGAUACUUUUUACCACGGUGGCACCAUGGGCGAAGAAAACUACCAAAAAUCAUGAUUUUACCCCCCUCCCGAAGUGCGGCCGGCGCCUUCGGACGGCGCCGCCGCUUUUGCGGCUCGCAAAUCGGCUCCGUCAGCUCGUGGACAGGCCUCAGGAAGUAGCCCAAAACUGGGCACGCCCGCGGGCGGCCGGAAUCGCAGCAAAAACUUGAAAUAAACUUGGAAUAAACUAGCAAGCCGGGUCGAUGCUUGAAAGCCAUCGAAAGCUAGCCCCGGUGGUAUGGUGGACGGAGCCCUUCAGAUUUUGGGCCAAAAACGUCGGCAGAUCCAAGUUUUUUUCGCCUGCUGCCGAGAUGCUUCGGCGGAGGCGACGCAUUUUCGCCAGCACUUUCGCUGGGUUGCAAGUUUGAACGCCGUAGCAGCCUGGCAAAAAGUAUCACAACCUAGAGCCCACGGUAUGGUCGGCGCCGCUUUCAUCAUUUUCGGCCUCCGUGGACUCAUCCUGCCAAAAAGUAUCACACCCUAGAGCCGAUGGUAUGGUCGACGCGGGUUUUGCCUGUUUUUUUGCAUCCAUGAUAGCACCGCGGCAAAAAGUAUCACACCCUCUGGCCGAUGGUGUGACACUUUUGAUUUUCUUCAUUUUCGGGACCAGUUCGAACCCGUCCAAGCACUCACGGCGCGCAAACACAGGCCACCAACCAUCGCGCGUGAGCGCCCCUAUGCGUAUAAGCGUAGGGGGCCCGAAGCUGCUCGCUCAGGGUCGCGCGGGGCUUUGUGCAUUAUAAAAAGGCAUCCGGGGCCCGAGAAUGCGGGCCCGAUGCGUCGCCUGAGCGCGCAAGCCCUCCACCUGGGGCCGCUUCGGCAUCGCCAACAGGCCUCCCAAGAACCAGAACCCCGCGAGCCCGCCAAGUUCGGGCGCCCCGGCAGCCGGCGCCCGUGCAAAUAAGCAGGGAUUUUGAACACCCCCGCAAGCGGCGCACUCAAUGGAGGCGACCCCCUCCUAAAGUAUUGAAAUGAAGAAGAGCCGCGGCCGUCUAGUCACAGCGCAAAUUAUAGUGCCGACAGUGAGCUGCCAACAACCGCAUCUCCUGCGGCCUACUUGCCUGCGAUCUCUUGCGCCGAUUUUUUGUAUGCUCACAUCAUGAAACCCACAAGAAACAUCGUACAAAAGGGGAAACUUCGUGCGAACGCGCGCUAUUAAUUGGAUACAUUUCGAGCACAAACGAAAAGGAAAACUCAUACGCUAGAAGAUACAUUCAUACAACAGAGCGAAAUCAUACAGGCAUUACCAUCACUACAAGUUCAGUUACAAAUGAAGAUGUCUGAAAUGUAUAGUACAUAGCGGCUUCAGUAGUAAAAAACAAAAAGAAAUAGCUAUAGGGAAGCGGUGAUCUUACUGAGCCCGCGCCCGGGCGGAUGCGCUCUUUGUUGAGUUUAUCUUAAUCUUUGUCGCACCAGAUCCAGGGUUCUAUUUCCGAAAAGCCGCAGCACCCGAGUACUGGACUCUUUACUUCUCGGGCCGGUAGUGCUGCUUGGUCUCCUUCUGGUGCCAGCGGGUGAAAAGCUGUGGGACCGGGCUCAGAUGCUUAUAGACUGCUGCAUGCAGCUCCUGCAACUCCUCGUACUGGGUCCGCUCUGGCCGCGUCCUUGGCUUGAAGGCCUCAGCUUUGGCACGCGCGGUGAGCGUGAAUUCGUCAAAAGCGGUUUUGAUGCGCGCCCGCUUCUCCUCCGCGGUAAGUUUUCGCACCCAUUUCGGAGCAUCUCCCGGCUGCUCCAGCCAGUGUAGGACUACGAACUUGGCGUAUCUCAUCCACCAGACCAAAAACCUUUCCCCGCGCGCCCUCGUGCUUUCGUCUCGAAAGGAUUUCUGGCGCACCAUUGCCUGGUCUUGCGUCCGGAGAAAAUCGGAACCCGCCGGCUUCUGGAAGAUGAAGUUCAUGCGGCCGUAGUAGGUCCAUUCCGUAUCUGCAAACGCCAUGAGCAGACACCCCCGCUCCCGCUUCUCCGUGUACAAUUUUGCACUGCCGACAAAAUCCAGCACGAAGCCGUCGAUACCAUCGCCCGCGAUGUGCUCGCCUGUGGCCUUCUUUUCCUCGAAAACUGCCGCGCGGUGGUGCGCGAUUUCUGCCGCGGACAUUUGCUUCCUUGGCGAGAACCGGCUCCGCUGGCCUCCUGUUUUCUCUUCGGCGCCGUCCAAAUCUGGCGCGAGGUCGUUAUCACCUUCUCCCGCACCGUCUUCGGAGAUAUCCAUCGCCAGGCGCCUUAAGCGGUUCCGCAUCUUUGCCGUCAUUGGUGGAGUGGCCUUGCUAUUGUUUACUGCUGGAUCUGCUUUUCCUGCACCCGCGACGGGCGCUUGUGGAUCCUUUAACGCAAAGUCGGAUCCCCCAAGGGCUGUGCCUGCAAUAUGAGAGACCGCCCCGCUCACGGCGUUAGCGACGUCUCUAGUGCUGCUCGAUGCUGCUGCCCCGCGCAAAAUGCCAUCUGAACGUGCUACCGCUGAAGAAGUCGGUCUGUCUUCCGAGAACGCCCACUCCGAUUCGGAUGAUUCGACGUCAGCUUCGUCGCGCAGACCCUCUUCGGGUCUGCUUUCCCCUCCAGCCUCUGGCCGCAAAUCGUCCUCGCUACAAGAACUACAGGAAGCGCGGUCGAACUCAAGGUCCAGGUCGUCGGCCGAAUCUCUGUUAUCCCCCGCACCAGUCAACUCCCCAACGCGACCGUCAGUAUGCCGAGCGUGUGAGGAUGAAGCUGCGUCUGCGCAUUGUAGUGAUGGGGCGGAAGCCGUACUCCGUCCCGGGUGUGCAGGCACUGACGAUGGGCUUGCGCCUGGCUGUGCCUCCGUCGACCGAUCCGCGGCGAACUUGGUCUCACUCCGGCGCUGGAGUCGCGCCGCCGCUUGUUUUGCUUCUGCUGCCCGCCUUCGUACUUUUUUCUCGCCGCGGCGCGUUUUCAGCUGCUUUUCUUCCUUCUUUCUCGCAGCUUCUACACGGUGCGCGCGCUGGGCUGAAAGAAAUUGCAGAGCGGAGCAAAUGUUGAGCUUGCUCUGCAUGAGGAUGGCCUGCCGCAGUGUGCUGCCUUUGAAGCCUCCGCGACUUGCCACGGGGGCUCCUUCCACACCAAGGUGCGGAUCGUUGGCAUUCAGAUCGCCGGGAAGGAGGAAUGCGCCAUCUUCUUGACCAGGAUCUUCAUCCCCGUCGGGCAUGCAGUCGUCCUGCGCGUCAGACGUCGCGCUGGCAGCUUUAGCCGCAACAGCUUGUGCGGCCACGCGACCAGAGCCGGUUUUCUUUUGCCGCUUGUUCUUCCGCUCCAGCACUAGCCCGGUACUUCGUUCGUACAGAAUCCGGUCGCCGUCCACGAAAUGCUCGAUCUGGUUGAUCCGAAGAACGGAAUCUGCCUGAAUUUGUAGCGCCACGUCCCCCCCGCCUUCCUUCGGGGCAGUGGCGGCUCUCGCACCUGACCCGACAGCCCCGGACGCUGCUCUACUGCUGCUGGAGGCGGAUGUAGAGGCUGCCGGCCGUGCUCCUCGGGUGCUGCGGCCACCAGCUGGGCAAAAGCCUUCGAGUGUGACCCAACUGAAAUUCCACGUCGUUGGACACGCGAGCCGCUUGUCCCAUGAUGCGAUGUGCCGAAUAGCUGUUGUCGAUUCCGCAAGCACCGCCCCGAGCACAUCUACGACCUGCUCGCCUGCCUUUCCGAACUCCAGAGCUACAAAGAUUCUCGGGUUUCCCAAGGUCCAGCACACGAGGUAAUCCACGCCGCCGAGUGUCAAAACCAGACGUCGCGGAAGGGCAAGUGGGUCUUUUGCAGCCGCUGACCCGGCGUGCUUUUGCUGCAGGCGAAAAGCAAAACACCCGCAGGGGCUGGCAAUAGUCGGACUCGGAACUCCACCACCCCGCUCGAAGCAAGAAAGAAGGGAGGGGUCCAAUACUGGGCCGAGAGUUGCGUUUUCAGUUACCACCAGCGGCUCCUCGUGCUCCCUCACGCGCCGCACUGGUAUGGAGGAAACCAACGGCGGGAGUGCCACGUCGCGAAUUCCCUCCCAGAAAUUCUUCUGCUCCGCUCUGUUGGAAAUUUUGGCGUCAACUUCCUUCAACAACCUUUCCAACCGUGAGCGGGUUGCUUUUCGCACGAACAAGGAGUCGCCGACCGCGUCAAUCCCUUCGCUCCACCACUGCUCGAUGGUUGCGGGGUUCGUCUUGCCGGCCCUCCAGGCCUUCUGCGCAGCGUCUUCGGCUGUGAAAAGUUCUUUGUGUCCUCGGCAGAACGCACGGUGCAACGCUUCCGGCUUCUUCGCCGCGAACUCACGCUGAUCGCGCUCCAGCUUCAGGAUCUCGUCUUCCUCCGUGUCUAGUUGUUUGCACAGGGCUCGGCGGCGCUCCUCGAACUGUUCCGCCAAUGCUUCCGAAGCGAAGGCGGCCUGCGCGGUUGCCGAUACUGCGUGCUCCCCUCGCCAAGCCCUUCGGGGCCGUUGCGCAUCGUGAACGAAAGUGUGAUGCAUCUCGUUUUUGCAGCUCGGCCAUCCAAUGAAAAAGUGUUUGGUGUUCUGGAAGCGAGAUCUUGGCACCGCGUAGGAAAUGCAAGAUAACUUUUAUUCAGCAUGCAAAGAGAGAACCACACAAAGAGAGCAUCGAAGAGAGUGUGCUGAUAGAGGAAAUCGCGCGCGAGGGCGUCCGCUGCCACUAGCGUGCGAGAAUAGAUAUCAAAACGGACACGCGCAGCGUGGCUUCCGUCGUACUGUUCGUUGGGCUUGAGGGUGAGCCAUGAGACGCAUGGCAAACCUCUGUGCCCUUGCUUCGUUCCAGAUCCAGGCACUGUUCCAAUGCACAUCGACAAGUCCCCCAGCUGCACGUGCGUCGCCAUCGUGUCCAAAAUCGUAACGCCUGCUGCUGGCGAAAUUUUAUCGCGGUCGCAAAUCAAAUUCACCAGGUUCCCGUUCUCCGCGAGCUGCAAGGAUUUGCAUACGAACUUGCGGAACAGCGCGUCGCGGUCUUUGGUAAACUCCACGAAAUGCAGCCUCUUCGCGUCUUCCGCCAUGCUGCUCGUCUCGGCAUGCCACGCAAGGGCGAGCUGUAGAUGGCCCUCAAGCUGUGCAACCCGAUAAACAAACCCGGCCAGUCCUCGGAGAAUUGCAAGAAUUCCUCCAAUCCGGAGGGGUUCGUGAAAUUUUGCGACGCCAUCAUCUCCCGGCGCGACGAUACUGACGUCCUCCUGAAACUGCUGCAAGCCCAGUCGCUUGGCGGCAACGCGGGAAGAUUCGAUGAACUGCUGCUGGUUCGUCCCGUGGUGCCGCAACGUGGGAGUUGUGCUCGGGUCCCAGCUUCGCUCUUUCGUGGCGGAUCGGGAAUAGGUCUCCCCGGCUAAAUGGUCCGCGGCGUUGCUCGUCGUCGCGGCGUAUGCUGUUGCAAAAUGUCGGGGCGUGCUCCGUGUUCCUUGAAAAUGCACUCACGCCCAUAAACCCUGAGGAGCCGUUCUCUUUACUUGUCUCGGCUCGAGGAGCUUGCUGUUGCUCCGCCGCAGAGCAACGACCAAAAAAUGAAAAGAAAACACAAGUAGCUUUCACACGAGGCACACAGGGCGGAUUUCACACGACAUCCUUUUCCUUGCUAAUGUUUCCCCCGAGUGCCAGCCCAGCCCCGAAAAUUUGCAAUCCAUACCACAACAUGCGAAAGCACGCCGAAAUCGUAGCUCGUAAGUAAACCUGAAUCGUGAAUGAGUCAAGAUCUGCAACGUGGGUCGUAAUCCCGAAAAAGUAAACCCUUCAGGGGCGCCAAGCAAUCAGCUUCGACCCUAGUGAGGAAAAAGCUGCAAGACUCUUGUUACUGGAGGAAACUAUCGGACAACAACGACCCGCUCCGAAGUGGCUCAGUGGCCUCAUCAAUAAGUACCUGGACAAAGCGAGAAUCCACUUGGCGUGUAAAUUCCGGAGCCGAUGUGUACGCCCUCGAGCGCGUCCGGCGCGCCACCGUUAUACGCUGUUCGCAAUGCCGCGAAUGCGCAGGCCUGCCGGCUGCACAGCAAAAUCGACCACCACCUUGUGUCCGAAGGAGGGCUGCAGCGCGGCAAAAUGGUAGCUAUCGCGGCCUUCGUUGCCGGAAUCAUGUCCGGCGAGCCGACGUGCGGAGCCCCAUUGUGCAAGGCAAACGGCAACUCGCCGCUUUUCUCGGUGCUCCACAGACUAUGGUGCUCCAGGAAAUUCAGUGUGCGUGCGCGGAGGACCUCGAACGAUUCCAAGUUCUCCACCACUACGGUUGCUUCGUCGACGAGUUCGCGAACGUCUUUUAUCAGACCAGGCCGGUUUUCAUUCACGAGCAUAUUGAAGGCCCACGAGAAUGCGGAGUAGAAACAUCUCUUUCGCCGUUUUUUUGUGACCCCCGCGGUCGGCUUCAUGUUUUCCACGUUCUCCCACUGCUGUGCUGCGGUUGGCCCUCCCGCCGGGUCCGUUUCGGUUUCUUUUUCCUCUCUCGCCUGCUGCUGCUGUGCGGGGUGGCUCGGGUCGAUGAGCAACAAGCCGUCGUCGUGCAGCUCCAAGAGGUUCAGGUCUUUCGGACCCGCUGCUUCCUUUCGAAAAUUGCUGCUCGAUCCGGCGGCGGUGCCUGUUUCACAGAAGUUUCACGAUAUUCCCUUUCCCUAGUUGCUCCGCGAUGUGAAGCCACUAGCGGCGACAGAGCCGCUUAUAUUUGAACAGGGGUUGGAACAUGAGAGAAGAGGUUCCCACGCAUCCAGUUAUCUGUUGCCAUCAAAUCAGCAUCAUCAUCAGGGAAACAGACCUGCGCGGUGGGCGGCGGCGGAAGUACUUGCGCCGGCGAUCGCCUUCGUCGAACCUCUACCACGGCCGGCUUUUUCCUCCUUUGCCAUCGCGUCGAGCCGCUCGCGGAUCGCGACGGGAAUCAUCUUCCCCCGCAGCUCGGCCGUGCAUUCUCUAGAGAGAAUUUGUUGCUGGUGCUGAAAUAUUGCGUGAAGAGUGCCCCUAGAUCACGCCCACGAAAGUGGCACCAUGGCAACCGGAGCAAAGGAGCGCGGCGAUGAAUGUCGCGUCUUGUGUAUCUGUUCGUCCGAUUCCCUGCCGACGCUGACUAGUAUCAGUGGACUGGUGGCGCGAAAUACUUCGGGCCACACAAGAGGACGAGGCGACAAAACCUACUAGUACGACUACCCCCGAAGACGAGAGAGACGCCCUUGCUCCGGUGGCGCAUCGGCUAAGGGUCUGUCUUGCGCUUCACUAUCAUAACUUCACAAAAUUCACCCCAGCAAACGAUAGGGUACGGGCUGAGAAGAAACCAGCUGCGAGGCUUAUUCCGCUGCGAGGCACCUGUCUGCGGCUGCGCGCGGGCAGAGCUUGCUAGUAACUUUGCGCACUUUCUUGCUCAUGCUAUGCAAACACUGCGCAAAGAGAGCCCAUGCUAUGCGAGCGCGGCUGCAAGCGAGAGGACAAGAACCCCCACGCAGGCAGGCCGGAAGCGCCGUUCGCGCUAUAUACUAGGCGCGCAACGGCGCGCGGUUGGGGCUGUCUGUCUGAUGGCAAAAACAAGGCGCAAAGAGGGAGGGGCCCCAAAAGGCACGAGGGCGGGCCGCGUCGGGUCUAGGCGCCCUAGCUUCCUGGCGGCGCGGGGGGCGCCAAGCGCGACCGCGCCAAAUACUUUAGCGGCCGCCCGCAGCAGCAGACAGAUUUCCAGCGCUUAGACAGAGUCGAGCAUGAGCUUUUGUGUCGGAAUCGUUUCUUGUAAAGAGGAAAAGGCCGUCUGGCGGUCGCGCUUUUGCAGAGAAGACAAGAUGUGAAAACCACAGCAAAUCCUAUGUACAUGGAGGCCCAGCACUAGGCUGCGCGCUGCUUCACUCUAUUUUUUCAGCAAGCCAACUGGCAAGCGCCUUUCUUGCUUCUGCCCAUGCAAACUCCUGCGCUAUUGUUUGUCUCCGAGUUUAUCCUUCUAACCAUUUCAAAGUGCAAAAAUUUGAAAGACGCCGGCAAUUCGUUCUCCGGUACACCGCCACCGGAAUCCGACAUGAGGUUGAACAACAGCAGGCGGUCGUCAAUGCCAGACCCGAGAAGAUUUGCGUCGGCGCUGUUGUCGCCGAAGAAGCGGAUCCGGGGCAGCUGCAUGAUGUCCUGCAAGAGUGGGUGCAAGAUUCCGAGCAGGCAGGCUGCUGCCUGGGCCGCCUUGAGACCCUCGGGAUCGUCCUGUUGCUGGUUUUUUUUGUUUGCUGCGGACCGCUUGUUCCUCGACGGUAAAACUCGCGGAGCGGAUGUUGCAAUAACCCGCGGGCCGAGUUUUCUCGUCCCGGUAGCACCGCAGGCGGACGCAUCCUGCACCGAGAUCAGCGUCACGAGGAUCUCCGCACCCUUGUCCAAGAGGACCCUGCUCCCACCAUCCAGGAUGGAUCUUUGCUCCGCCAGUGCAAGCAACAUUCCCAAUUUUGUCGCGUCGAACUCAACGCGGAGCAUGGGGGUGGCGCCACGCUCCCAAGCCGCAACUAUUUCUGCACGAAUUCCAACCGAAACCGCUUUUGCUAGUUGCGACGCGACCCGGCGCAUCUGCAGCACCCGCGCCUGUCUUUUCGGCAGUUCUUUCUGGAAGAAGGAGUUGAUGAGGUUGCGAACAAGGUCUUCUCCACUUGGACCGGCAACCGCGUCGCCCGGCGUCUCCGCGUGGGCUAACUCCUCGCCCCCUGCUUCCGGAGCGGCGAGAAGAACAUCACCACCCACUCCACCACCCCGGGUUCCGGAUUUUUGCUGAACCGCAUCUCCUGCAGCCGUGCUGCAGCCCAUGGAAGAAGAUGCUGCAGCCCUGCGGCUCCCCUCCAACAUCCGGCGCUGCCCUUUUUCCGCACCGCCUGCAAUUCGGGCGCGGCUCCGUUUCGCCAGUUGCGUAUCGCGGCGCUGCGGCUCGAGGUUGGAGUUGACUACUGUGGCGCAUGGGGCGAACACACGUCUGCGGCGGGAUGAGUCAAAGCACAAAAAUCGGCUCUGCGUGGCUGCCAGCCGUUGCCCAGUUGUGGCCACGGCCGUCAAACGGAGGGCCACAUGUCAUGCUGAAGACGAAUGGGGAAGAAGCAUCCUUCUCGCUUCUUAACCUUGAAAUGACCUCUGCCCUAGAACGCUCGCAACUUGCCUUGCGGCGAAAACUUUGGCUCAUCCCGACCUACGAAUAUUCGCAGUUGAUAUGGUGCGCGCCGUAUUAAUUUCGGCGGCGCGGGACUCCCGGUGCAAUUUUCGCAAAACCAGCUCCUUCAGUAAUCGCAGCUGGAACGCUUCGCCUUUGGUGGGUGCCGCAAAUUGCGCUCCGAAGCCCCGGCCCGGCCCGUUUUCGUUUUGCGCCGCCUGGUUUCCGCCUCCUAGCGCCACCGCCUCAACUGGCUGUGGCCCGUUGUAAUCGUCCCAAGUGCAGAUCGUCGCGGUGCUGAAGUCGCGGGAAUGCGCACCGGCUAGAAACACGCCUUCCCGAAAGUCGUCCUCCGCCAUCUUCUGGCCACGCACGCGAAUGUCGCCGAUGGGUCCCGUAGCUUCCGGCCAAGGCCCUCGCCCACCCGCUAGAGAGACCAAGCGGCCCGAAGAAGAAGAAGCUGCAGCUCCACUUCCCAAGCAGUUGUUCUUCGAAGAAGAUGACGAAGGCACUGUGUGGGGGGCUGCGACAUGGUCAAACUCACCAAAAAAGUUUCCGGUUGGUAGCCCCGACUCCCUCCGCUCGGACAUGCAUGCCAUGAUGAACUCGGACGAAGCACCACCAUCGCCAAAACCCGGGCGGAGGCCGCGCUCUUCGGCAUCUCGCUCUCGGGCAACUGCAAGACGAAAGUCCUCGCGUGUGAAGAUCCGGGAAGCGGCAGACGGCAGGGCCGGCACCACAGCCGCCGGGCCGGCUGCGCGUUUCUUCCGUACUUUGGUCUUCACCAUCCUGCGGAGUUGAAGGACGUAGAGCUAGAAGCUCAGCUUCAGUAUGAUGCUGAGGUCGUGCUACUCGGCCAAACGACUGAAGAACGACUUGGAUGGACUGGAGGCGAAGUCGAAAAGCAACGCAUUCCACGCCAGAAAAUAACUCACAACACAGACACAAAGUCACGAAAGGGGUGUGCUCAUUUGUUGCCGAUCGUCAUAAGCAACGUGCCGCAACUCGUAAAAAAAAAAAGCCACCACCCGUGGGGCUGCAAGGUAGCUCAAUAACCGAAAUCAAACGAAGCUUGCGAAGCUCGUAUCGUGCUCCGAGAUCAGCGAGCGCCAAAGCUCUAGCGGCUCAGUUGCACGCGGGGCAAGGGCUCGGGCACCAACGAACAACGACGGACCGCAAAGAAAACAAAAGACCAAGUCUGAAGCAUUCGCCAUGGACCGGGUACGGUUUACAUCAUGGAAACGAAUGGGGAAAGCUUUCGGGCAUUCCCUAGUGCGGAUUGUUUUUUGCAGUCGCUUUCAUCGAUGAUUUUUCUGAUCACCCUGCUGUGGUAACUCCUGCUACAGGCACUGGACUAAGGAGCAACGCCAUCACUACUACGAAGCGCGAGAGCUACUAACUAUUACUGCGCGCCUUCAAAUAAGUCUUCUUCAUCUAACUAUUAUUCAUUACGGCGCCGCCUUCAAAUAAGUCUUCAUCUACGCGGCCAACUCAGCGUCCAUGGCUGGGCAGCUGCGCGGUCGUGUCUGAAUUGUGAAAGAAAGAUAGACCGCAGCGCGGGUAAAUCAAUGCGCGUAAGCGUGCUCGCCCUACGCCUACCUUGGUGCCUCGCUGAAGGAGCGUCGUCUUCUAGCCCUUCGCGGGGCCUCACAUGGCUGCAACGGUACCAAAUGCAGGCCGAGCGCCACCUCUAUCCCGAGCCCAAAUCCACUGCAGGCCUGGUGGCUCGCGGAGCUGUGCGGUCAGCCCGCCUUCGCCCCCCAUGCUGCAGCCGCGUUCUUCCUUCGCUGCUGAAGUCGGGAGAUUGAGGCCGCUACAUCUCUAUCAGCCACCCUGGCCAUGUGUUCCUGCUCCGCAACGCGCUGUGCUGCGCGCAAGAUGGCGUUACGCUGUCGGUUCCGGAUUUGCGCCUGCUGCCUGUCGGACUCCAUGGCGUCCCGGUACUCUGCGACCACUGCCUUUGCGGCCUUGCUCUUCGGCUUCUUCUGUUCGGCUUGCGGUAUUUCCGAGCACUUCUCCCUGGCUGUCUUUAACCGUGCCGCCGCCUGCUUCUUAUCGCGCGCAGACUGUGCGCCCUCUGCUUCGGCUUGCUUGAGAAGUUUCUGGAGUUUCGCAAGAUCCUCGUUUUGUUUUCGCGCGCUCGCCCGGAAACGCUCGACGCACUGCGUUAGUUCUUCGUCUUCGUUCUCCGCGGGGUCAAAGUCCUGACCACUACUACUUCGCCCUGACGCGGAUUUGGCAAGUUCGGCGCUGAGGCCAUCUUCUCCGGGGCUUCCUGCACUCCGUUCUCGUCCGUUAUUUCCACCCACAGGUCGCAGCUCGCUCUCCAAGUCGAUCUUCCGGAACUUUGACUGCGCCUCGGCGAAUUGUUGUUCCGCCUCCGCUUCAAACGGCACCAGCGAACGCGGCGGCGACGCACACAGCUCGAGGGCUGUGUCUUCCGGAAUCGCGACAAGAUUCGAGGGCAUGCUGCGCACGCGCUUCCCCGCAGGCUUCUCAACCUUUCCGGUGCGGUUGUUCCAAGUGCUACUGCUCUUCCCCCGGUCCCCGUCGGCGAAACCAGGUGUGUGCGGCGCUGCGGCCUGUAUCACAUGAUAGGAACUGGCCGCGGCCCGUCCCUCCAACUUCGCCUUCGUGCCCGCCCUGCCUGAAGAGCUGCUUGCUAUGCAAUGCAAAAGAGGCGCACUAGUAUUGUAUAAAUUGCAUUACAAAUUAACUGCGUCGUAUCAUCGUCGUCGUCUAUCCUGUAUAAAUCUACUACCUUCAUACUGCUGCUUUACCUUGCGGAAGAAAAGCGCAAUGCAUCAAUGCAAUUCUUACUUAUUACGAGCGCGAUGCUUUUGCACUGGAUACUCGCCGCUUGGUGUUUGUUGUGCGUGCUCCUGUUGUCGGAAGGUGUUGUUGCAGCUGCGGGCUGCGCAGGCCCUGGCAAAGCAGAGGGGGUGCGAGUUUCGUGCUUCGCCGCAACUGGAAGUAGCGACGUUUUGGGAUCUUCGUGUUUUUCGAUGGCGCCGCACUGCUGCCACUGCCUUCCGCUUCCGCCUCUUGUCCUUGCCACUGCGCCGAUCGUAUUGGAAUGCAGGCUGGACGCAGCGUCACUUUUAUCACUGGCGUCCCCGCCCAGCUCGUGCCCUGCCUUUCCUGAAGCAGCAGCUGUUCGCGAAGACGAGAUAGCCGCCCCGUCGUCAUUAGUGACGACGUCCGUCCCCCCACAGUACAGUGAUGGCCCAGCCUCAGUCAGGCCCUGGGCUUGAGACGUGGCCGCAGGAAGAUGAGGCGCGGCCGGCUUCUUGUCCGAUGGAAUCGCCGCUGCCUUCCCGCUGUGAGCUGCCGCCGAGACGUAGAAAGCAGGCGGCAAUCGCUGCUUUUGCGGCGAAGCCACCCGUAGCACAGCAGACUGCUGUCGCGGCUGUAGUUGUAGUUGGCCACCGGGUGCCGCGUCGUUAGUGGGCGCCGACGUUUUGCCGCGCUGCACGCUCACGUGGGCUGGCUCCGGCGGCGGUGCUGCUGUAGUUGUCUUGCCACGCUGCCGACUGCAACCGGCCCAACUGCAAUGACAGUAAAACGGCCCGGCGCAGAGGCAUGUCUUGCUGCGGUUCCACAUGCGCUGCAACUUGCAGUACUCGUACGCGGGGCCCUGCAUUUCUGCUUCGCCAAUCGCGCGUCGACCUCCUCGGUCGGGGUUUGGCCUCCUCGGUCGCUCCGUCUCUUCCUCGUCCGGGGUUCGAAGCUGCCAUUUUUUUGCCGGCUCGCCAGGAGCUGCAGGAGAAAAAAGCUCGGAAUGGAGGUUGCCGACCUCAAACACGCUCGUGGGAGCUAGAGCACGGCCAACGCCAUAUUUGCCGCCCAGAACGCCGCCCUUGCUAAACUGUUGAUCCCCGUCCCGGAGAGCGACGUCUGGGCGGCCUUCAGCUGCUGGAAGCCCUGCGUUUUUGCAAAAGCGCGCCACCGCAGCGUCGGCUGCUUUCCGCAUUUGUAUCGAGCAGCUGACCUUUUUGGCCUCCGGCUGCUUCGCCCCGCGUUUCUUGGGCUCUGCGCACUUCUUUCUUCCAGGAGUUUCAGCUUGUUGCGAGUGGAGUGCGUCAACUUGUCCUGUUGAGGUGCAGCUAUUGCUCUUCUGCGCCGCGCUGGAGCUCUGACGCCUAGACUCCUCGCGCGGGUUAAGCCGAGACGAGAAAGAAGUCGCAGACGGAUUUAAAAAAGUUACUGUUGCUGACAUGGUUGCCAACUCUUUCGUCUGUUCCGGAUUUAAAAAACGACCGCCGGCACCGGGGUCUGCACCUCGUCCACGAUGCACUGCAAUCGGCGGCGAAGGCUCCGCUGCUGUGCUGGCCGCGAUUGGUGCGCCUGGUCCUCGUCCGGCCUCGGCCGACGAUGGCGGGGACAGCUGGCGAACGGCCGGUAGCGCUUCUAUUCCAAAAAAGAGGUGCCUCGCUGCAGAGGCGGGGAAAGCAAAGCCACCGUCGGGGCCCUCACCCGCGCAUGACGGUUCCUCUCCAGCGCCAACCGCUGGCAAUCCGUCUGUGUUAUUUUUAGCAAGAACGAAAUUGAAAACGCCCCAGAAUAAACGCCGGCCAAAUUGGUUUCUAGAGAAGGGCGAGCCCCUCCUCCUCGGUCUUGGGAUGGACAUGCUGGGUCGGCCAGCUAGCACAUCUAGAAGCGCGCGCAAUAUGUAAUAGGAAUAGAGUAGCUACAUCUGCCAGCGAAUACACAACAAGGCGUUUUUUAACGACCUGCCUACGCAACUUCUUAACUUGUUAAAUUGCUUCUGCAAAGAAUCGGCAUACUGGCUUACCUGAAGCUAGGACCAGUCGCACCGGAGAAGUCGGCGGAGCUGCAGUUCCGUCCCGUCCUGCUGUUGUCGUUAGUAGACCGCCCCCACGAUCGCGACUGCUGCUGCUGCGGGACUGUUGAGGCGCUUUUUUGUGCGGGGAGGAGAAUACGCCUGUGCUAGUGCCCGACGUGCCCAACGGCUGUUCUCCGAGGCGGGCGAUAACGCGGCUUGUGACUUUGCUGCCGGUCGGUGGACGAUAGAAGAGCCCCCGCGGCGAUGUCUCUGGCGAUUUCUGGAACCAGUUCAGCUGCCGCCUGCAGCUGUAGUCGCGCUUCAUCAUCCCUUCGAGCUCGGUCUUGGUGCGGACCAGGAAAGCGCUUUUCUCCUCCGGAAGAACCCAACACUCGCGAAGCCCCUUUCCCAUGUUCGGACGAAUAUGCAGCCAGCACUGCCCGCCGCCGCCUUUGCCCCGGAAGCCGCUCUGCGCGAUCGGCUUUUUUGGUAAGAGCCGGAGGACUUGGCUCUUCGCGCUUGUUGUGCUGUUCCGCCGUUCAUGGCCGUCGCGGGCCGGGCCGUCUGCACGCAGGGACGGCCGCAAUUUUGACUUCGCGCUGGUGGCGGCACGUUUGUCCGACGCGCCCUUCUUGCAAGUCGCGCUUGCAGGUCUGCAUCCUGCCAGCGACGGACCACGCCCGACCAUGGUCGCUGCCCCAAAGAUAACUCUUCGCCCCGAUGGCGGGACCCGAGGGGACCACGCGUCUCACCAAGAGGUAGGAAAAUGAAGAUCGCUGUUUCACCGCGAAGUGCCCAGCUUUCGGCUAGGCGUCUGUACUGUUGAAGAGCUCGGCGCCAUGAUGCAGGAGCGGUGGUUGUUCUCGUUCGCGACCAAGAUCCGCGGAGGUUGUCCUGGUACGGUCAGAAGAUUAGCGGCACUCAGCAAGAAGAUGCUGCGCGAACGGUCGCGCCCCCCGUAUGUUUUCCUGCUCAGUGAGGCUGGUGCGCGGGUGUGCUUAAGGGUAAAAGGCGGGACCCCGUACUAGCAUCCGCCGAUCGAUCAGCGAAGGGCGGCGAAGAUAGCAGCUACACACUGACGCUGCCAAUAGAUAGCUGCUAGAAGGUCAGCUCAACUCUUCUGCAUUGGAGCGGAGAAAUAGUUGUUAGAAGGUCUGCACUGGGGCGGGGGGUGCUCCAGUGGGCCAAUAGUGUGAAGAAGUGCCCAACUGCGCAACUGCACUAAGUGGCAAGUACUGCGGCGGCCGUCCCUGUGCCGAGCGUGAUCAGUAGGUCCUGCCGAGCCGUCUUGUUCGCCGCCUUGAUCUGAUGUUUUCCAGCUCGGCCGCGCGUCGUUGGUUGGCGAGGACGCUGGCGCCCAGAUUCGCAGGCUCUGACUACCAUUAUUUGCACCUUUCAGCCGCAACUGCCACUAGUCCAAUUACAGAUGGUGUCCUACUAGCAACCUAGCUCAAUUAUGGUUGACGCAAAGCCGCUACUGUGCUUAUCUAGUAGCGCGCGCGUCGCGUUGAAAAAUCUAUCUUCAAGAAAAAGGCAGACGAGCCUCAAGCGCUAGUUAUUUGCAGCGCCCACCUGUCGAAAAUUCCAAAGCAGAACGAACUACGGCUCUGCGUUCGGGAUGACAACAAAAAAAGCGAUGAUCUUGAAGAACUGCGAUUCGAAGCGUUCACUUGUACGGAGACUGCUCCCAAGCUGCUUUAUGUGAACAUGAACAAACUUUGCUGAGGAACUGCGAACCACCUCAAUCCCCGGCCCUGCAAAAAAGUUGCUCGAAGGGAAAAAGGCCCGCUACAUGCUUGAUCGUGGCUUGGCUGAGUUCUUUGAAACAUAUAACACGCAACAGAUCAUCAUCGCGCUCGCAAUCUGGUCGAAAAAAGUAAGAACCCACAGAAAAGGAUCGCAAUCUCUUGUCUCGAAUCAAGGCCAGAUCUCAAGCAUGGAACUUCCAGUGUGCCUUCGCAGAAGGAGCGAAGAGAGAGUCUCGCGCUGGAUCUACUCCUUGUGCACGUGCACCACACGGCCGACAAAAAAAAGAACACGGAUCCACCAGCACCAGACGCCGGCUUCUCAGCCUUUCAAGCGUUUCCGGUAUAAUUAAAUACGCGCGCAAUAGCUUGCGAGAAGGUCUGUGUCAGCCAGCUCACUCGUUUUUUUUUGAAAAAAUUCUUUGUCGGCCAGUUCUUUGUCAACCUUCAGCUUCUGUUCUCGCGACAAUGUCCAGGCUGGGUAGGCGCCAGCUUGGACGCUUUCAAGUCAUUACUUUCAUGCCGAGAGCGUCUCUCUUUUUUCAACACUGGCAGCAACGCCUCCCUAUCCUCUCCCCAUCGGCCGGAAGGGCGUUUUGCUUGCCAUGGGAACCAGGUGCGAGGCGAGCCGGGCCGUGUUGUCCAUCCAUGGUCACCUGGUCCAGGCCCAAGUUCCCGCCCGCAAGCACGCCCAUGCGCGCCAUCAGAAAAGUUCGCUCCUGCUGCUCAUGAUGAAGCGACUUUGCGACCUCGGUCCCCUCGUGCCCGUGUUGCUAUAUGCCCCCGCAUCGAGGCGCCUCGCGUGGCUAGGUCCCGAUUAAAGAAGGAUACGCCAGAACCUGAAAUCGUUUUUCGCGAAAUGUUGUGCCAUGUUUGCAAAAAAAAUCUGCCCUUCGUCGCAUUCUCGAAGUUCUGAAAAUGAUGCGCCUUCGCGCGAAAAUUAUAAAUGGCUACUCCUGCAAUACAGAUGCGGUUUUUGGGAUGCUAUAAAAUUAAAAAAAAGCUUCCCUUUCGAGUCCUUCGAUUUUAAAUCUGCGCCAGCCAUUCGCCUCGUUUAGUUUUUCAAAAUCGCCGUCGCGAUUGCAGUUUCCAGAAAGCCAAAACUGCGUCCGUUCCGUCCGUUUUUUUUCUCCCCCGGUCGCCCCUCUUGAUUUUCACUUUUUACAAUGCUAUAAAUCAAAAAUGCUCAAGUUUUUUUAAGGUUUUUUUCAAGUUUCUUCCGCUCCUGUUUUGGGGGCCCGUUACUGGAGUAAUUGCCUAUUCUGCAUAGCAAACUGCGUUUCUGCAUCACAGCAAAGUGAAGCUUUUGGGUAACGUGCAUGACAGACUUGAUAGUCUUGCUAGCCGAGCAAGACAAACCUCGCAUUCUUCCAGACCCAGACAUAUUUGCACUGGAUAAAAGGAGCUUGCUUGGGAUAGAAGAUGCACUGGUGCAUCCUACUACUUCUUCUCUGCCUGCUAAAAAUCCUGAACAACUAUCAGUGCAGAAAAUCAUCGACACUGCGGCUUGGGAUGCAAGUGAACAAGUCCGACUCACACUCCUCCGGCUCCUCUUCGCCACUCUGCGCACCCUCUCAAUGGAGCACCGCAACGGAGAGUACCUUUUCUGCCUCGGCGAGCACGUCGACCCGAAACUGAUCGAGAACACCAUGCGCACGCGACUGUCGCGCAUCUGGACAUUGCCGGAAAAGCUGAAGCACUACGAGCUGAACCGGGUCACGGUCGUAUUGGGAGGAAAAAUCCCCCCUCCCCAUAUUGAAAACGCAUCCUUCUGAAAAUUUUUGGUGCAUAUUUGUGACCACAAAUCCUAUCUGUCUUGCCAGAAGGCAGUCGCAGAGAGCCCGCCACGCUAUCCAGGCGCUUUGUCGUGCUGUGAGGGCUACAGGGCAGAUAUCUGCCAUGCUAGGCGCGUAUACCUACCAAGGGGCCCCUGCCGAGGCUUGGGAUAUGCGUGCAGUCCUGCUCUACAAGACAAAUCUGAUUUGUGUACACAAAGUCCGCAUCACAGAUUUCCAGUUUGAUACGCGGGGGGAGGAUGUUUCCUUUUGAUAGGUCGGCUGGGGGGUCGCGAACGUGCUGGGGAAUUAUCAGGUUUGCGCGGACAGCGUACUGUGAGGAAAAAUCCCCCCUCCUUAUAUCGAAAAGGAAAUUUGUGAUGCUGGAUUUGGGUACACAAAUCUACUUGUAUUGCUAGAAGGCCACGAUACGCAGUUGUGGCCUCGUUUGCCGGCAUAUAUUGUCAUGCUGUUUCCCACUUCCAGCUGCCUCCUGUCAUGCUGAAGAUGCAAAGGUUUAUUCCCACGCCAACCAGCCCUACAGACCGCAUCUCUUGUUCCCUUCUAGCAUGACAAAGCUGAUUUGUGCUCACAAAUCAUGCUACACAAGUUUCCGAUUGAGCAUGGGGAGGGGGAGAUUUUUCAUUGUAAUACAGCGAAGAUGUGGCGGCGCGGCAAGACUCGGAAGAUGGUGGGCCCUAUCCUGUGCAAAAGUAUCGUAUUCGUAUAAAUGCAAGUCUUGCAUUGCAAGUCCUUAUCUUAACGUAAAUCCGCAUGACAAAUUUCAUCUCUCAUGCUGAGGAAAUUUGUAAUGCAUUUAUACGAGUACAAUACUUUUGCAGUUCAUAAGCCCGUAGAGCCACCAAAAGAAGAUGACCCAGUUCAUCUUGAGGAUAGUACAACCACUCCUGCCGCUCCUGCGAAGAAGAUGUCAACAAAGCUUCAGCAUCACAGUCAUAAACUCGUGUAUUUUGACAAUCGGGUAUGGCGCCGGACGGACGAAAAUCUGCGCGCUAUGGACAGCAACGAAACCCUUCUGGAGGAGAUGCUCCAGCAUUCUGAUAAGAAAGAUAUUACAGGGAAAAGUCCCUCCCACCCCUGAAAUUGCAAAAAUUUGUGAUGCGAAGUUUCCAAAUGAAAACUUUUUGUCAUGUAUGAAAGGAGUAUGUUGAAUCUUUCUGGUGCAGAGUCUAGGCGUGUAUCGAAUCGCUUGCAUGACGAGCGCCGUUUUUGCUGGGGUCUUUUGCAAUACAAAUUUUUGCUAUUCACGAUUGGAAGCCUGUGAUGCUGAUAGAGGCAAGAGGGCGAGUGUUUCACUUGGAAAGGUUUGCAAUACAAAUGCUCCCAAGUUCAGGGGUGGGGGCAUUUUUCAUUGUAAUAAAAGAGACAGAAGAUUCAAAGCGCUGGGAUCUCGGGUGGGAACAAAACGACGGUGCUGGUGCAGGAGCUGCCACGUCACAAUCUGCCUCCAAGGGAACAAGCUCCUGGAUCGAGAAGAACAGCGCUGCCACCAUAGCUAGCUAUCAAAGUGAAAAAAUCCCCCACCCGAUAUCGAAAACGAAAUUUGUGAUGCUGUAUUUCAGUACACAAAUCAAAUUUGUGUUGCAGUAGAGCACUGCAUGCAGAUCGUAAGCCUAGGUAGAGGCCUUUUGGUGUAGGCGCCUAGCAUGGUAGACGGCUGCCCUGUAGGCCCUACAGCGUUAGCAAUACAAAUCGCCUGCAUGACUUGCCGGGCGGCCUGGACUUGCCUUCUUGCAAGACAGGCACGAUCUGUGGCCACAAAUCUGCAUCGCAAAUUUUCAGAUUGAUGGAUGCGCUUUCAAUAUGGAGAGGGGAUUUUUCCUUACGAUACCAGCAUCGUAGCGGCCACGGAGGAGGACGAGGGCGAAGUAGAUGGUGGUUUUGCUCCUACUAGCCUCACUUCAUCUACUACUCUCGAGCAGCCUUUGGCAGCUUCACCGCCUGACAAUGAGGUCUACUUCAGCGUGGAAGCAAGAACUGCCGCCGAGAAGAACGCCAGCCGAC